UGCACAGUUGCACACCAAUCUAUUUUUAUAAAAUAUUUCGCACGUGUUUUAUUUAAAUGAAUGAAUUCAAUUUGAAUACAUGGCACGCGGAGGUAUGCAGCGCAAUGCAACAGUAUAAAAAACGUAUAGCAGCAUAGUAAUUUUCCACUAUUGGAAAUGAUCGGACUGUUCUUACCAAAAGUUUUAUUGCAUGGUAUUGACAAGGAAUCAGGUCAAAAGUGAAAGCUUGGCACGUUAAUCAUGUGCGUUAUACCUGUUGAAUAUGUGACUAAUGUUAAUGUCGAGGGAAAACGAAUUCCACGGGUAUCUUCAUUACGAAAAUGUCUAUGAGUAAAGUUAUGUUUAACUUGUUAAAGAAAAACGGAAAUAUAGCCAAAAGAGCUGUCUUGUCCAGCGAUUACAAUGUGUAUUGCAAGCAAAGAACUGUGCAUACUUGUGUGGCAAAUGGAUUCCGUGUACACGAAGUCAACAAGGUUGAAGCAAGGCUUACAGGAAAUCAAAAGCCAGAUUGGAACAGAGCUGUGUCAGAAGCUGAGAAGAUCGUUGGUUAUCCAACAUCUUUUUUAAGCUUGCGUUGGCUUUUAAGUGAUGAAAUAGCAAAUGUAGCACUGCAUUUGAGGAAACUAGUAGGGUCCAAUCAUCCCUUGUUAAAAACAGCCAAAAGUGUUAUUUAUAAUGGACGAAACAACAUGCAAGCAUGGGGUCUUAUUGUAUUAUUAAUUUCAAAAGCUGCUGGUCAUUUGAAUGUAGACGAUAUGGAAGAAGAUAAGGCAGCAGGUGUGCUUCACAGUCAAAGAGCUUUAGCAGAAGUAACUGAAAUGAUACGUACUAGUCACCUUGUCCAUAAAGGAUUGGUGAACAUAGAAUCUGGUGAUUAUUUAGAAACAUCAGAAUUGAAUGACAUGAAUUUUGGCAAUAAGAUUGCACUCCUAAGCGGAGAUUAUUUAUUAGCUAAUUCUUGCGCUGAAUUGGCAAAUCUUAGAAAUCAAGAUAUUGUAGAAUUGAUGUCAAGUGCAGUACGAGAUUUAGCGGAAGCAGAGUUUAUUGGACGAAGAGACAACCAAAAUAACCCUUUACCUUCAGUACCACCAGAAGAUCGAACAGAUUACGCUGUGAACGAAUGGACUCUCAGGAAUGUUCUAAGUGCCGGAGCCUUGUUAGGAAAGUCAUGUAAAGGCACGUUAAAGUUAGCCGGUCACGGUGAUGAGAUACAGGAGCAUGGUUACAAUUUUGGAAAACACUUGGCAUUAGCUUGGCAAGCUUGUUUGGAUUUAAGUCCGUUUAUUACAAAAGACAGGAACGUAACGUGCAACUUAUGUUCUGCUCCAAUUAUGUUUCACAUUGAACACGACCCAUCGAUUUUGAUUGAAAUCGAUAAGGGUUUGGAAUCGAUAAAUGAUGUAGACUAUGCCAAGGUCUACCAAAUAGUCACAAUGGGACCUGGGAUUGAAUUAACGAAGCAGUUACAAAAAAGACAUUCUCAAAGGGCAAUGGAAGUUUUAAGUGUUUUUGAAAAAAGUGACGCACGAACGGCAUUAUAUAAUAUUAUAGCUGCUAUGGGGGAUUUUUAAUUAACUACAUAAUGUUCAAUUAAACACUAACAAAUUUUAUAUAAUUGCCCAAAUAUCAGUUUGAGGACUCCGUCCUACAUUAAGUUUUCAGUUUGAACAUAUA